ACAAGACCUUCUUCACCUUGCAGUCUACCCUCGCCUCGACCAAGACUCACGGGCGGUGUUUAACCCCAUGCAUGCACAACGUACGACCAAGGAACCGGAGACGACGACAGCAGCUAAUAUGAAUCUGACUCCUUAGCUUCAGUCACCCACCCGUGAAUCUCCAAUAAUUCCCCGUCGUGAGCUAAUGCCUCCAAAUUGCCCACGCGUCCUCUUCUGUUCCCUUUCCAAGUCUCUACAAUUCCCCAGAAACCCUCCUUCCUCUUCCCCCUCGCUGCUACUGUAGUCGCACACACCACACUCUUCUUCACCAUCCUUCCACGCUCUCUUCAAUGGCGGGCCUUCCCAUCUCUCUCCGCCAUCGCAUCUUUCUUCUCCUUCUCGUCGGUAGCAGCGUUCAUUGUUCCAGAGAGACGUACUCCAUACAUGAACUGCAAUGGGGGGAGACAAGCGCUUCUCACUCUACCUCCGGGAGGCGAGCACGAAGCGCUGCUGGCGCAACGAUACUAGAAAUGAGGCAACACCUACAGUCUCCAAGGUCAAAUCUGAAGCUCCUGAUCGAUGACGAGGCUCGAGUCGAAUCACUCCAGUCCAGAAUCAAAGAUCCGAUGGAGAUGGAGGAGUCUACAUCCGAAGCGCAAGUGCCUCUCGUCUCAGGUAUCAAACUACAGACCCUCAACUACGUGGUGACCAUGGGAGUGGGCGGCAAGAACAUGACGGUCAUCGUCGACACCGGCAGCGACCUCACCUGGGUCCAAUGCAAGCCUUGCUCCUACUGCUACAGCCAAAAGGACCCCCUCUUCGACGCCUCCGCCUCGCCUUCGUACCACAACAUCACCUGCAACUCCACCACCUGCUACUCCCUGCUUCGGGCGGCCACCGGGAAGGCCGGCGUCUGUGGCGCCGACCGGUCGACCUGCAACUACGCCCUCAGCUACGGAGAUGGCUCCUACACCCGCGGCGUGCUGGGCCGCGAGAGGAUCGACAUCGGUGGGACGAGCAUCGAGGGCUUCAUCUUCGGCUGCGGCCUCCGGAACCACGGCCUCUUCGGUGGAACCUCCGGUCUCAUGGGGCUCGGCAGGACCCAGCUCUCUCUGGUCUCCCAAACCACCUCUCAGUUCGGCGGAUUCUUCUCCUACUGCCUCCCCACAAGAAUCCUCAACUCAUCUGGCUCUCUGGUUCUUGGCGAUGAUCCUGCUCUCUACAAGAACUCCACGCCGGUCUCGUACACUCGAAUGGUAUCAGAUCCUCGGCAAGCGCCAUUCUACUUCCUCAACCUCACCGGCGCGAGAAUCGGCGGUGUGCCACUUGAUGUCGCCAGCUUCUCCAACGGCAGAACCCUCAUCGAUUCGGGCACGGUGAUCACCCGGCUUCCGCCCUCGGUCUACCAGACGCUGAAGGCCGAGUUCGUGAGGCAGUUCUCAGGCUAUCCGCCGGCGCCGAGCUUCUCGAUCUUGGACACCUGCUUCAACCUGUCGGCAUACGAGGAGGUGAAGGUCCCCAAGGUGAGGUUUGAAUUCGAGGGCGGCGCGGAGAUGAACGUGGACGUCACCGGCAUCUUGUACUUGGUGAAGAAGGACGCUUCUCAGGUUUGUUUGGCGAUCGCCAGUCUUCAGUUCGAUGGCCAAGUCGGCAUCAUCGGGAACUAUCAGCAGAAGAAUCAGAGAGUGGUGUAUGAUACAGUAGCGUCCAGAAUAGGAUUUGCUGAAGAGGCUUGUAGUUGAUCUCCGGAUUGUCGAUGACAUGAAAAGCUCAGAUUUGAAUAA